AUGGCAGCCUCUUCUCCGGAUUCAACAAAAGUAAGUUUGAAGCUUCUGAUAGACACAAAAUCCAAGAAAGUUCUAUUUGCCGAAGCCAGCAAAGAAUUUGUGGAUUUCUUGUUUUACAUUCUUUCCUUGCCAGUUGGUACCGUGAUUAAGCUUCUUAGUAGGGAUUCGAUGGUGGGUUCACUAGGAAACCUCUACCACAGCAUUGACAAAUUAAACCAUACAUAUAUGCAACCAAAUCAAAGCAAAGAUGUAGUUUUGAAUCCCAAGAUCACAGACUUUGGGGCUCCCGUCCCACUUUUAUUGGCUAACGAUGGCGUUUUGAUGGCUAGGAAGUUCUACACGUGCCGUAGUCAUAACUAUGUAGCUGAUGAUAAGACUGCAGUGUGUCCUUCAUGCAACAAUUACAUGAACACGGAUAUCCCCUAUGUUGCUGGGGGUGGUGAAGUUAAGGAGGCGACAGAAAGCGGGGGAUUCGUGAAAGGGGUGGUGACUUAUAUGGUUAUGGAUGAUCUGGUGGUGGAGCCCAUGUCCACCAUAUCUAGUAUCACCUUGUUGAACAAAUUCAAUGUUAAAGAAGUUGGUGCUCUCGAGGAAAAGAUGGUUUCUUUGGAGAUGGAAGAGGGUUUGAUGUUGCUUAAGGCCUCCUUCGAGACCAAGAAUGUGCUUACUAGGGUGUUUCUGUCUUAA